AUGCGUUACAUAGGAAUAGCUGCUUUCGUUGUGCUAUUGGGUUACCUAAUGAACCAAGCAUUGGAUCAUUGGAUGCCCAAACGUUAUGUUUUUGAUCCUUUGACUUUGAAUAAGAUAUGCAAUACUGUUAUUUCGAGACAUAGUUAUGGCUCGGCCAUCACGGAUGCUAAACCGAUGUUGAUUGACCUCAGGAACGAGCUUGCAGCUCAUUAUGGCGAACAGUACAUCAACCCAUACUCAGAUGAUGAUUGGGUUUUCAAUAAUGCUGGAGGUGCAAUGGGCCAGAUGUUGAUUCUUCAUGCUUCUAUUAGCGAGUAUCUGAUUUUAUUUGGUACCGCGGUUGGCACUGAAGGCCAUAGCGGCGUACACUUUGCAGAUGACUAUUUUACUAUUCUACACGGAGAACAACUUGCGUCAUUCCCAAAUGCUACUGUCCCUGAAGUUUACACCCCAGGCAUGACCCAUCACCUACCUCGUGGGCAUGCCAAACAGUAUAGUAUGUCCAGUGGCAGUUUUGCUCUCGAAUUGGCUCAAGGUUGGAUUCCUUGCAUGCUGCCAUUCGGUUUCCUCGAUACUUUUUGUAGUACCCUGGACUUCUAUACAUUGUAUCGAAGUGUUGUGUUGUCUGCAAAAAAUAUGAUCGGAAAUAUUAUCUGGAACAACAAAUUCUGA